GCUUCGCGCUUCAAAAAAAGCCAUUUCUUCCGGUACUCGUUGCGUUGCUUUCUGGGAGACGUAGUUCUGCAGUGCCGGCCGGGAUUCCGACGCUAUUUGCGAGGUGGUGCCAAAAUGGCGGCGCUGUGGGGCGGCGGCGCGGGACAUGCCGGGGCUGGAGGAACUCUCUUUUUGCGAGGGGUCGCGGAGCCCGUCGUGGUAAAUGCUCUCCCCUCCACGCAGUAUUUACAGGCAGAGAAUUUACAGUUGUCACUGGAGGCAGAAACCAUCCUUGAAGCAGAGGAGCUGCUGGGAACAAUGCAGGAUUACUUAGACACUUCUGUCAUCCCCAUCAUUGAGGAUUUUAGUGGCCUGACUGAGGCAAAAGGCCAUGUGGAUGCAGACAAUGAGCUUUCCUUGUUGACUACAAUCACGGAGAUUCUGGAUGGUACAGAUGAUGAGUCUCUGUCUCCUUUUGAUGCUAUUCCAGACUCUGAAUUGCUAACAUCACUCAAGGAGUCUGAUAAUUCAUCGUUUCAAAGGUGUCUCAUCUUGUCCAGGACCCCUCCUAAACAGGACUGUCGCUCCUUAGAAGACUUCCAAGAGCCUAGAAUUUGCACCCUUAUGACUGAGAAGGUUGAAGCCUGUGCUGCCAGCCUUCCCUUAGCACUGACUCCAAACUGUGCCAAAGACAGAGCUGCUUCAAACAAAACCUGCGGGGAGCGGAGGGUGUUCAGGCACAGAGAGCGAGAUGCUCCUAAACUGCAACGCAGUGAUGGGGAAGAAGAGGAGGAAGAGGAGAUAACUGAUUGUGGGCUGAGUUUUGUAGCAAAUGUGAAUGAAAUCCCUGCAGCAUCAGCAACAAAGGAGGUGGAGACAGACCUCCCUGCAAGUGAUGGCCCCUACAUCAUUGCCCCAGAGAGAAUCUCCCUCAGUGAGCUAGUGAAGUCCAUGCAUCCGUACUGCCAGCCUGACUUCACUGUGUGUGUGAGUCCUAAGAGCCAGCCCCUUGCGCAGGCGCUGGUUGCUUGCCCGCCACUCUUAGAAGUAGUGCCUGAUGGUGGGGAGGGCAUAAAGAUCCCAGUGGUCCUUCAGAGUGUGAAUGCAGAGCUCUCGCACAGAAUUGACAGCAGCAGCACAUCUGGUCAGGCAAAAGAGACGGACCUCUUGGUCCCUUCCCUGGACAAAGUAUUAUCUACAGACAACACCAAGACUGCAGGCAUGGAAAAAGACCUUGCUUUGGGCAGCCAGGGCAGCGGGGUAGGCAUGGCCCUCCUCCAAAGAAAGGAAGAUGUUAAUCUGGGACUAAAGGAAGAAGCUGUGGGUUCAACGAAUGAUCAAGAGAGCACAUCUAAGCACGGCCCAGCAGCACCGAGAAAAAUUAAGCUCAGUGCCUCAGAAACAGACAAGAGAAGUAGCAAUACCGGAAAGAAAUGCAGCAAAGGGAAGAGGAGACACAAGGAGGCCAGGGACGGCAAGCCUCCCAAGCAAGCUGGUGCUAAGCCAAGCAGUGAUGAGAAGCAGGUGGAGAAAUCUGGAGGAAGAGGUCAGUCUGAGCCUUCCUCAUAUCAAGCAUUCCAUGCAGAAGAGCAACAGGGCAGUGUAGAGGAAGAAGAACUGUUCAAGCUUGGGGCAGAGCUGGCGCCCCAAACCCCACUGAUGUCAGGCUUGGAAAGCCCAGAGGUCUUGCCAUGCACAGAGGAACGCCCAUCCACUCAGUACCAGGGGAACACAGAUGCAUUGCCUGUGAGCCAGAUGGAUAUUCCAGAAUCCAACUAUGGGAGCAAACCUCUUUCAAACACAAAUGAGGUGGCUGACCGGGAUGCCUCCCCUUUGCUCCCUGACAGUAUGGUGGACAUUGCAGGGCAGCCUCCUACAAAUGAUCUUAGCAGGAAGGAAGUCAGCUGUCCACUCAAGGAGGCUAAGCCCAGGCCUCUCAGCUUGAAUGAAUACCGGCAGCGCAGAAAGCAGCACCAGUCUACUGGCAAGGGCACGAGCAGCACUGCAGAGAAGCAGAGUGCCAGCAAGUGGCCCAGUCUCCCUGAGCCCCCCAUGGAACUGGCUGACCUUCCUUGCCUGUUGGUGCCUCCACCACCCCCCAAACUCCCUGGGCCAGGAAGGGAGCCCGAGAAGCCUAUCGGCACUGCCUCUACCCCUGCUUCUGCUAGCAAAACAACUGUGCAAACCGCAGCUGCAGCAGUUCUUGCUCCUUGUUCCGAGAAUGGCACUGUGAGCACUGCUCCUCUUCCAAUACCCACUCCAGUAGUCCCUUUGCAAUCUAGUAAAACAGGUGCCUUUCUCCCUGUUGGGGCUCAGGUGCCGCCGAUCCUGCCGCCAGCAUACCUCCCAUCAGCCCCUGGAGCUUUCCUGCCACCUCCUCCCAACUCCUGCAUCUUUGCUGCACCGCCACCAGUGCCUCCUUGGGCUCUUUUUGCCCCUCCACUGGCUGGUUACCAAAGUCUGCCACCUUCAUUUUCAGUAACUGAAGUUUCUUCCUCUGCCUUCCAUACAGUUCCUCCGGUGCCCCCUCCCACAUGGCUUCCCCCACCUGUCCCCUUGCCCUCUUUUGGUCCAGGACUUCCUUACAACUCCAUUGAGUGGGCCACCAGGCCACCGCCACCUUACUGGCCUGGAAUUCCAGUACCGCCUCCGAUACUGCCUGUUCCUUAUGGGGAUCAAGGAGUCCACAUGCAGAACCCCCAAGAUGGCACAUUCCUGACCCCACCCUUCUCUGAAGAAACCCCUGGCCAGCAGAGUACAGCUCCUACACUGGACUCCUCUCACUUCAGAAUGCAAAAAUUGGCAGCCACUGAAAAGGCAGACCUCCCUGCCCGGCUACCCUGUGUGGAACCUCCUCCUACAGCCAAAAUUAGCUCCAAAAGGAUUUCUGACCCAAGAUGGCAAACACAGCCUUCUGUUGCUGAGUCUAAAGCAGAGGUGACUCCUGGAAAAUCUCAGCCUUUGGGGAAGCUGCUAUCCUUGACAUCAGUGGUUGAGCCUUUAGGAAAGAAGAGCUCCAUUCUCAAGUCCUUAGGGGAGCCGCAUUCUGUGCUUCCUUCCCAGCAAGUCAAGGACUCCAUUGACAUACUGAAAUCUUUAGAAGACCCCUCCUCUUCUGAGCCUGUGGAGAAGGCCUAUACUGUACCAGCCACAAUUCAAGGUGCCCAAGUGACCCCUGCUGCUGGCCAGUCUCAAGAGGAUCUUCCUCCCCUUCCUGCUACUUUUGUGCCAGAGAAGUUAACAGUGCCUGCUGCAGUGGAGAUGGAUGCUAAGGAAGCUGCCUUUAUAGAUGCCAGCUCCCCAGCAACAGCAGGGCCCCAGAAGGUGCAGGAAACUGGCCCACUUUCCAAGACACCCACCCAUGCAUUGAAGCAACAGCCUCUCAUCAACAUUGCACAGCGCAGCCGCAAUAAGGAGAUUGUUCAGGCAUUUAUCACUGAGAUUGGAAUUGAGGCCUCUGACCUGACCAGCCUACUAGAGCAAUUUGAAAAAAUAGAAGCUGAAGAGAGAGCUUCUGACAUAGUGAAAUCCAAAGGAAGUAUUGCCACAGGGAACAGUGGCUCUGAGGCACAGCAGGAAAAGAAGAUGGUGGAUCGGCUUCAGGCUCCAGAGCUUAUCAACAUUGCAGGCCUGACCCCUCCAGCCACUCCACCUCACCAGUUAUGGAAGCCUCGAGCAGCUGUCUCGCUUCUGGACAAAGCUGGGUCCCCGAAAGGUUCCAGGCUUGCAAAGUCCCUAAGCAGACCUCACAGAAAAGCAGCCCCUCUUCAUGUGGGCUCUGGUGAGCAUGACUACUGUCAGCUCAGUGCUGCUCCACCAAAGGGCGGCUCCCGAUGGAAUGUCAAAUGCAACUCGAAUAUCAUUAUAAAGCCCAUCAAGGCCUUGAUGAAACAAGAGCCAGAUCAGCUUGCUACAAAUCAGCCCCUUGCUGCUUCUGCUGCCGCUAGAAUGAACCCUGUGGGCACUAGCAGCCUCGUUGCUGCCUGCCAGAAUCCCAAAGAGGCUCUUAGACCUGUUGAUGCUUGCCAACACCAGACCCAAGUCUUUAGCCAUGUUGCAGCUAGCUCAAGCCCUGGCAGAUCGGUGUCUUCACAGGCAGAGAGCACACUUACAAGAACAGAGCCACUGGACCACCGGACUAGAAAACCAAGGUCCAUGACUAGGGGCAGUGAAGAUCCAUGUUCUGUACUGCUAUCCCCAGCUGCAUCCCCAUGUCAAGAUGUGGAAGAACCAACAUCACAGCAAUCUCUGGAUGUUCAGCAGAAGCGCUUGGCUUCCAAACACUCCCUGCGAUGCUACCGGAGCAGAAGGAAGUCAACCAGCCCACAAAAGAGGAGCUGGAGAGGCCGCCGAAACCGUGCCAGCCGGUCCUUUAGCUCUAGUUCUGAUGGUGACAGUGACUCUUCCUCUUCGUCUUCUUCCUCCUCUUCCUCCUCCUCCUCUUCAUCAAGGUCUUUGUCUCCCCCAUCAAAACGCUGGCGAAGAUGCCGCUCAAGAAGUUCCUGCUCCUCUUCCAGUUCAUGGAGCCGGUCAAGGAGCAGGUCCCGGUCUUCCUCCUAUUUAUCAAGGUCAUCUUUGCGUUCUCCAUCUCCACACAGGAGGAGCACCUGCAGGAAAAGAUAUGACUCCAGCAGUUCGCAGGAUCAUUACCAACGGCAGAAAAUCAGUGACAAAGAACGUGCAAUAGAGGAACGCCGUGUUGUCUUCAUUGGGAAGAUUCCUAGCAGGAUGACCCGUUCAGAGCUUCGGCACCGUUUCUCUGUGUUUGGAGACAUUGAGAACUGCACACUGCACUUCCGAGAACAGGGGGAUAACUAUGGUUUUGUGACAUACCGUUAUGCUGAGGAGGCCUUUGCUGCCAUAGAGGGUGGACGUGCACUGCAUCGCCCUGAUGAGCAGCCCUUCGACUUGUGCUUUGGAGGGCGUCGGCAAUUCUGCAAAAGGAACUAUGUUGACUUGGACUCGAAUAUAGAAGACUUUGAGCCUGCCCCUGUGAAGAACAAGUUUGACUCCCUUGACUUUGACAGCUUACUAAAGCAGGCUCAGCGGAGUCUGCGGAGGUAACGCUGGCUCUGCCGGGCUCAGUGUGCCCGGUAGGCAUGUGCCUACACCAGCCUUACCUCAGAUGAGCCACAGGGGCAGGCACCCCCCAAGCCUAGCUGCUAUGUCCAGCAUGAUUUUGUAAUGAAAUGCAAAAAAACCCCAAACAAACAAUUUUUAUCUUGAUUUGUUUUUCUAGGGACUAUUUAAGGGGAAGGACAUUUUCUCUUUAACAGUGGGGAUGGAAUAACAGCACCUCACCACCUUCUUCCCAUUUAAUCACUAUGCACACAAUAAACAUCUACCGUAAAAAUGCCA